CGGCCUCCCGGGCGCCCGGGGUUGCCGUGACGACCGCAGGCGCCGCGAUCCCGCGAAGCUGCAGGUGCCGAGGGCCGGCGGGGCGACCGCAGCCUGCCGAACAUGAAGAGCUGGUGUCUGUGUCAGAUCUGCACCUGCGGGCGACAUCACUGUCCACAUGGAACCACAAGGAUUUAUGAAAAUUCUGGCAUAUCUUGCCCCACCACUGAAUAUUUGGAAAAAUAUCCUACCUAUGGCAAUGUUCUUCCACCUCAGAGUCUGAAACCCAAGCAAGAAUUUCGAGCAUGCCGUGGUAAAAUGGAAGGAAUAACAACAUUUAAAUCGGAUUAUCGUCCUUAUGAGAUAGUCAAACAGCCUCGCCACGUACCAGAAGAAUACAAACCACAACAGGGGGAGGUUGAUCUUGACACCACCUACAAGCGGGAUUUUAAUUCUUACAAAGUGCAGCCUGUGGCCAUAGUCCGGCCUUUGGAGAGACAACGAGUUAAACAAGGGAAGGUGGACGCUGUCCCAACCUAUAAAGAUGAUUAUAGAGCUUGGGACAUUCAGAAAAUUGACCUUUAUAAGCCUGAACAAACUUAUCAUCCCCCCACUGUGAAAUUUGGAAAUUCAACUACAUUUCAGGAUGACUAUGUUCCUCAGGAGAUAAAGCCUAGGCAAAACUUUAAACCCAGCCCUGUGGUCAAACGUUCUACAGUCCCUUUUAAUGGUGAGACAAGUCAUCGCCUUGAUUAUGUACCUUAUCAGCUAGAACUCAAGUUUGCAAGGCCAAAAGAAGUGUACAAGCCAACCAACCAACCCUUUGAGGAUCUCACAACUCACCGAUACGACUUUCAGGGUCUUGUUGGCGAAACUGCAAAAAUCUGCAGACCUCCAUACACCAGAGUGACCCAAAAUGCUCAUUUUGAAGGAAGCACGGAAUUCCGUGAAAGCUUUCAACCUUGGGAAAUCGCACCACCCGAAGUCAAGAAACCACAAGAAUAUGUCCCGCCUACAGGUACCAUGCAGUUGAACAGCACAAGCCAUCUCGACUAUGUUCCCUAUCAGACCAAACGUGUCAGUCCCAUCAGGCCAGUUGCUCAAAGAAGAAAUAACAAUUUUCCUUUUCAAGGAAAAAGCACCACAAAGGAAGAUUUUCCAGCCUGGGAAUGCUGUCGUCAAGGUCUUAUUAAGCAGCAGCAGCAGAUUCCCAACCCAUCUGGAAAAUUUGAUGGUUGGAGCACUUUCAGGUCUCACUACGUGCCACAUGAGCUGAUUCCGACGGAGAGCUGCAAACCAGCACAUGCUCUGUUUAAGAGUUCUGCUCCAUUCAAUGACACAACCAUGUACUCUACAGAGUACACACCAAAGAAACAGGAAAUCUGCCCUGCUAGCUAUCCUUCUCCUCCAGGGUAUAUCUUUGAAAGUACAAAUUCUCGAGGUCAUAAAUUCUUCCGCAAGGUCACGCCCGCAGUGGAGGCCUUCUAAUCAUCAAAUCAUGUUUAAAAUGAAGCUAACAGAUAUUGGCUUUCUAAGGGCAAAGCCAGGUUUUUUUGGGGGGGGGAGGGGAAAAGGGAGAGAGAGACUCUUAAACAGGUUCCAAGUCCAGCACAGAGCCUGAUGUGGGGCUUGAUCUCACAAUCCUGAGAUCAUGACCUGAGUUGAAAUCGAGAAUUGGAUGCUUGACCGACUGGGCCACCCAGGCGCCCCAAAGCCAAUUUUUUAUAAUCAAAAUAAUUUAUGGGAGAGCUAAAACAAAUCAUUUUUAAAUUUAAAAAAUUAAUUUGGAAAAUUAAUUAUAGGAAUAAGGACCUUAAAAUCCAUUUUGUAUUGAUCCUUUACCAAGAUUGUUCUUUAAGAUGCUGUUCUGAACGUUGAAUCAUGGACAUUCCCAUCUGAACUACUUUGAUUCCCAACCUACUGUUUGGUUGCUUCUCUCCAAUCUAUUAUCAUUUAUACUUCUGUUUUUAAUUAUGGCAACUCCACAGUUACUUACCUACAGGUUGUCAUGUAUCAAGCGCAUUAGGACUGUCUAGCAUGCGUCUGAAAAUGGUGCAUGGAUUCCUCAUCCAAGACAAUGGUCUUCACUUCCUCAGACUUCAGAGCAUCUACGCAGUGCACUGUGGUUGGUGGUGCUGAGGGCAGUCGCGCUGCUCCUCGCCACGUUCACGUUCACAAGAGGAACUAUGGUGUGACAAGCAAAGGCUCUGUGGGCUGGGAAUCAAGGCUCUGAGUUUGGGUUCCAAUGACAUCACCCUAGGCCAACGACUUGCGUCUUUGAGCCCCAGUGUCUUCAUUUGUAAAAGGACAUCUGCUCUGCUUAGUUCACAAAUAUUCUGUUGUGAGCAUCAGAUCAUAUGAUUCAUUGUAACCUGAAAACAAAAGUGCUAAACAAAUGUCAGGGAUUCUUAAUAAGUCCCUUAAUCUCAUUUUGUACCUGUUUUCUCCUUUUUCAAAUUAGGAUAAUUAACCUACUCAAAACUCACUUUCUGGCCUCAGGCAAGAAUUGUAAAAUGACCGAUUUUGCUUUGAGCUUAUGAGUAGUAGUUCGAUUCCUGAGAAGGGUCUUGUCCUCCACAGCCACGAGCACCUGCGAGCUCGUUACAGAGAAUGGAGAGCUUGGAUUCGGAGAAGAACAUGGUUGGAAAGACAGUACUUAAAGGAAGGAAAAGGGUAUUGUUAGAGUAGUUUGAGGAAUGACCGACACCUCUGAAGAAUCUUCAGGGUAACCCUGGGUAAGGAUGCACCUAAUGGCCAUGCCCGGAGUCAGGGUUCAGAAGCAGGGGCGGGCUCCUGGGGGGCAUAAUUGUGUCCUUCUUUUCUAGUGUGAGCUUAGUGCUAAGAAGGGGCGGGAAGAUGGAUGCCAGUAAGUGAAGUAGGAAGAACAUGUUGCAUUUAAAUAAAUGCUGAAAAUGUCCCAAUGAAUCAAACUCCUAUUGUUUCUUCUCCUUUGAUAAAUGAUUGCAUUAUGGGGGAGUAAGGUUUAUUUUAGCACAAAUUCUGAUCUUUUGUAGCUUUAGAGUUGUUUCAAACAAUAUGCUUAAUUGAGAAUAAGCCCACCAACAUUUGGCUAAAACAUUUUUAAUAUUUGAAAGCAGCUUGUUUUUAUUUACAUUUGUAUUUAUUAGUGAAAAUUAUGAUCUGUAGAAUUUUAUAUCCACGCAACAUUA